GCAGGUUCACAGUAAAUAACACACGGACGACCCGCUGUGCUCUCUAUACUGGGAUCUUUAACUUACCAUUAUUUAUUUAUUGUGUACUGUAAAAUUAAAAUUAGUGAUUUAUUCUGUACUAUGGGAAAAGAAAGUUUCUGGCUGCUGGUAUUGGGAUUUUCUCUUAUUGCGAGCGAACCAAUUUCCAGCUCUACUGAAGAAGUGUUUACUAGUAACUCCACUGAGCAGACAGUGGACUACAGUGACAUCCAGUCCAAGUUCUCCAUCAGGAGCACAGAAUUCCCUGACGAGGAUCUUUGCUACCUUGUCCCAGGACAACGGGACUCUAUUUUGGACUGCAACUUCAAAAAUGAUUCCCAAACCUUCCUUAUUAUCCAUGGAUGGUCGGUUGCAGGUCUGUUUGAGAGCUGGGUCUAUAAGCUUGUGACGGCUCUGUUUGAUCGUGAACCCAGUGCCAAUGUCAUUGUUGUGGACUGGCUGGAUCGGGCCAACAAACACUACCCCAAAUCAGCAGAAAACACCGGACUGGUGGGGGCAGACGUGGCCAAGUUUGUUAACUGGUUGGAGGAGUUGGACUAUCCGCUGGAGAAAGUGCAUCUUCUCGGCUACAGUCUCGGUGCACAUGUGGCAGGCGUCGCAGGAAACCUCACCAACAACAAAGUCAACAGAAUCACAGGUCUCGACCCAGCGGGCCCCAGCUUUGAGAAUGCCGACAGUCUGAGGCGUCUGUCACCUGAUGAUGCCUCCUUUGUGGACGUCCUGCACACAAACACCAGAGGCUCGCCCGAUCUCAGCAUCGGCAUCCAGAGACCCGUGGGUCACGUGGACAUCUACCCCAACGGUGGAACCUUCCAGCCCGGCUGCAGCAUCCAGAACACCAUGAAGCUCAUCGCCACCUACGGCAUUUACAACAUGGACCAGAUUGUCAAAUGCUCCCAUGAGCGCUCCAUUCACCUGUUCAUCGACUCGCUGGUGAACUGGGCGUACCAGAGCUGGGCGUACCGCUGCGGCUCCAAAGACGCCUUCAACAAGGGCCUGUGUCUGAGCUGUCGCAAGAACCGCUGCAACAAACUCGGCUACAACGUCAACAAGAUCCGCAGCAGCAGGAGCGCAAAAAUGUACCUCAAAACCCGGGACAUGAUGCCAUUUAAGGUGUUUCAUUACCAGAUUAAGCUGCAUCUUUUCAGCGACAAAAACGUGACUUUACUGGAGCAGCCAAUGAAAGUGUCUCUGUUCGGGACGACCGAUGAAAAGGAUGAUAUCUCUGUCAUUGUGCCCAGCCUGAUCACCAACAGCACCAUCUCCUUCCUGGUGACAUCUGACAGGGACAUCGGAGAGCUGCUGAUGCUGAACAUCCAUUGGGAGAAAGACUCGUAUCUUUACGGCUUCUUCAGCACCAAUCAGUUCAUGAUUCGCAGAAUGAGGAUUAAAUCUGGAGAAACACAGUCCAAGGUAAUAUUCAGACCCAAAGCAGGAGAAUUUGGUUCUCUCAUUCAGGGUGGAGACCCUGUUGUGUUCGUGAAGUCCACUGAAUCCCCUCAGAGCAGGAGAGAGGAGAGGAAGCACAGACUGAAACAUCACGGAAGCUUCUUCAAACAGGGCGUCAAUGAAGCAGUCGCAGAUAUGAGUAAAGAACCAGCGUCACUUCAUGAUGAAUCGACAGAGGUCGUGACAGAAACCAUCACAAAACCACACACAACUUCAUGAGGUCAAGGAGAGAAUUAAAGGGGCUUUAUGUAGAAUUCAGAAACCCUUGCUAUUAGCGACACCGGUGGCCGUUAAGUGAACUGCAGCCAGCAAUUUACUGCGUGUUCUCACACUUUUGCAUACGUAAUGCAAUGGUGAAGUUCUUUUUCAGUCUUUGCUUAGAAGUAAAAAGAAGUACCUUUGCAGUGAUAUACGAACAUCCAGAUGCCGAGAUGAAUAUGUAAAUAUGUGCUGCUCGCCGCUUUCCUCUAAAUAAGAAAAUAAACACAACAAAAAUGACAGCGGUGAGAAAACAGCAGUUAAGAAGACAUCUGAUCAUAACGAUGAAUCAUAACAGCUCUGCAAUUCACCGCCAUCAUGUCGACAGAUGAGGUUACACUGUUAUGAUAGUUGAUUAUAUAGUAUAAUGAGGCUAUAGACAAUUUAUAUCUGACUAUAUGAGACUAAUAAUCCCUUUUCUUUGCAUGACACAUUGACAUUAUAGCUCUUUCGGCAUUAUCCUGAACAUUGUAUUCAUUUCAUGUGUCAUUGAACAGAAGAAAGGCUCUCGGGAGCAUAAAUGACACAUCUUUUUGAUUUUCCCGGCAAAAACGUCCCGAGUCCUUUAUAUAAAAAUCAGUCUACAGGCUUUGAACCUAGGAAGUCAGGAAAGGUCUCUUUUUUCUUUUUUUUUUUUUUUAAGUUUUGUUACAAACUGUUCACACAUUGGCAAUAAAAAAGUGAUUAAUACAUAAAUUUUUACAUAUAGCCCCUUUAAAAUGUUUUGUGAUUUUAUUUAUGCUAUUUGCACCAGAUUUAUCUAAAAAUACUAAUUUGAUGAGAAUGUAGGCUUGUGAAUUUCACAUCACAAUUAAU